UACACUUUCACCGACGCACUCUCAAGUCUCUCAGCACGUAUUGUACCGGGGCAUCCUGACCAGGUACUGGCGGUGACUGUCACCUGGGGACCAACCUGGGGACUAAAGUGGGAGAAUACACUGCUGCAUCGAGUAGUAGGAGAGUCGAGAUGGACGCUAUAUCAGAGCGCAAGCCAAAAAGACCCCACUACAUCCCCCGACCGCCAGGCAAGCCUUUCAAGUACCAGUGUUUCCAGUGUCCUUUCACCUGCAAUGAAAAAUCCCACCUCUUCAACCAUAUGAAAUACAACUUGUGUAAAAACUCCAUCUCCCUGGUGUCACAGAAAAAUGGGCAAACAGCCCGCCAGAUCAAGGCUUUUGAAAAGGGAGCUGCUGAGAAAUCUAUUGAUAGUCUAGAUGUCCCCUCAGAAACUCUGAACGAAGGUCCUAGGAAACAAGGAGCUGAAGAGGACACGCCAGAGCUCAGAGAUGAUACGGAAGAACUAGACGUCGGGUCGGACAGUCCUGUCAAUAUAAGCGAGUCAAGACAGAGUCCACGCACAGAGACGGAGAACAGGGAAAGCAAUGACACCAAAGAUCUGCCGCGCACAUCUGCCUUUUCCCUUGUCACACCCAACCGUGACGGAGCCGAGGCCUUAAAGUCACCUGUUCAGCCGGCGAAGGAAGCACAAGCUCCUGCAAUCAGCCACGCGAGCUUUCCGUGGGGCAUGAUUCCAACAACGGCUGACUUAAAACCACUCCCCUCUCUCAUGGUUCCCGAGUACACUCCUUAUACUUUGUCUAACCGGCCCCUGUAUCCACCAUAUUACCACCCAGGACAUGUGAAUGAGCCCAACUCUUCUUCUUUCCAGCAAGAGUUUCUAGAUCCCCAAAGACCUGUGGUACAGCAACCCAUCCCACCACCACAUGCAUCACCCUUCCACCCUUAUCCAUACAGAUAUUGUCACACUCUUCACCCCGGCCCUGCUCUGCAUUACACCCUAUACAGACCCCAAGAGCUUCCCAUGCCAAUCGCAGCACCCAGCUAUCAUCCUUUGGAUUUCUAUGGCCAAACUCUCGGCCACAAGGAUUAUGACGUUUACAUGUUUUCGCGUCCCAGUCACAACCGUCCGCAUAACUCCACUCAAGAAGAUAUCCACCACGGCCAAAACGCGGAAAAGGCAACAAGCCAAAGCCCUAAAGAGGGGUAUUCAGCUUUAGGCUCCCCUGACAAACCCAGUCAGGCAAACGUCAUACAGAGAGAUGCAGAAGCUUCACAGUACACCGUCGAGGGGGAGUCACAGACCAUCCUCCAGCUUGGACACACAGCAACAGCCAUGGAUCUUAUCAAAAAAGAGCAAAGACAGGGGUCUGCAGAAACCUCACUGCAGUUAAGACCUCAGCACAUGGAUAAGGGGUCAGCUGAGAGCAGUCGACUUUCCCCGGCGUCUGUGCCAGAGCCAUGUCCCAGGACCAUGUCAGAACAAGAUGACGAGGACGACACAGACGAUGUGGCACCCCUCAACCUCUCAACGAAAAACCAGGGUCAAGAAAAACAAACCCAGCACUUACCGAGUGCUGCAGACGCAGUCAAACUGAAGGACAAUGAGCUUCCUCUGAACCUCAGCCUUCGACCCUCUCAAGUAAACUCGGCACAGAGCUCCACUUUAAACACCUCAGAUCUUUCACAGAAAGUUGACAGAGAUCAGGAUGAAGAAACAUGUGACCAGAGGCAGACUGCAGCUCUGGCUCUCUGUCAGCUUGCAACGGCAAGUUCUGCUGUCUCCUCUUGUAACUUCACUACUGCGAGCAAGCCCUCAGAAGAAUAUGUGGACUCCACAAGUCCAGUUACCCUAAAGACUACCAAACCCACAACCAGGACCAAAGCAACAGGGUUGAAAAGACAGAAGAGCGGCCAAGUCGAGGGCAAAUGCCUUAAACGGAACAAGAGAGCAAAAGCAACCGGGAGGUCUGUGAGGAGACCUCGUUGCUGCUGAUAACUAGAAUAUAGAUAUAUAAGAAAGAAAGACUUGUUGCAAACAUUUUUUUUGUUGUUCAAAUGUAAAGAUUUUAUUUCAUAUGUAUGUGGAUACUGUAAAUGUUUUGCUCUUAAAACUGUUUUAUAGAUUUAAAAGAGGGAUGAAAUAGGGUCUUAUUACUCACAACAGGCACAUUUAUUAUGUAAAAUGGACACAUUUGUAUUAUAGACAAACAUUAGUUAAGUAUUAAUAAAAUAUUAUUGAACUUUAUUAUGUAAAUUGGUAACAGAGGCUGCAUUGUAAAUCUAUAUAAAGAUAUUGAAUAAAGAAAU